AUGAAGUUCUCCACCGUCUUUGUCGCCGCCUUUGUGGCUGUUGUCCACGCCAUGCCCGUGGAGCCUCUUGAUGUCGAGGAUGAUGGGCUCGCGUUCCUCGAAGCGCGGGCCGGCCGCGGCACUUCCGGCCGCCUGCUCUCCUCUAGUGGCGGCUCCCGCGGCUCCUCUGGCAGCUUGUUUUCCGGCAGCACCACCAACAGAAUAUUCCCUGGCGGUAGAUACGAUCCCAAAAGCAACAACAGCGGCCAAGUGCGGAAUUAUGCAAUUAAAAAGUGCAUGAUCAGAAACCCCAAUGCUUGCGAGCACUCGGAGGACGAGGAUUGCACCGUUCGGAAGUGGUGCGAGAACAAGAUCCAGUAG